GAAAAAUUAUUUUUACAAAAUAAUGAACAAAAUUAAACGAAAGCUUUUCUCAAUGGAAGCAAUCCUUGAUUCUAGAACUAUAAAUGACUAACUCUAUUUUUUAGUAAAAUGGGCAGGAUACCCAAUCUCAUAAUCUACAUGGGAAAAAGCAGACAAAGUACCUGCUGAUUCAAAUAUGAUUUCAGAGUAUAAAAUGAGUGUUCAAAUGCUUGGAAAAACCUUCUAUUUUGAUCCAUUAGAUUAACCUCCUUAAAUUGAAGAUUUUGUAGAAGUUCCUCCUUAAAAAAGUGAACUCUCCACUUUUAAUACUAAAUUGAGUGAGUUUUAACAUCAAAUCAAUAAUCUUAGAGAUGAUGUUAGAUUCAUUCUUUAAUCCUAAUUGAGACUCGUUAAAGAACUUAAAAUGUCAAAAAAUGUUCUUCAUCACUAUGAUUUAUAAAGAUCCCCUGCUUCUCAAGAUAAACAAUAAUCUAUAUAAUCUGAUAUUAUGUAGUAAUACUAAUAAAGUGCUUUAAUAAAUUAUGAUGGUUCUUUCGAAUAAGGAGAUAAAGUUGAAAAAAUUGGGAGAGCUGUUUAAAUUAAAAAAAACAAAAAUAAAAUGUAUUAUAUUUUAUGGAAAAGAAGAAGCAAUGGUAUAAUUUUAAUCUAAUUUUAGGUCAAAUUCCUAAAAAUUCAUGGGUAGAAAGUGAAAAAAUGAUGGAAAAUGAUCCUGUCAAAGUUUGUCAAUACUUAUGGAAUAAAUUAUAUUGA